AUGGCAACCGCAGCCGUUGAUACCGAUGACGAUUGCCGCCAUAUGGGGGUUUACCCCCGUUGUGGCAUCUGUGCAGGCCGUAUAUCGAGGCACGAACGAGCAAUAGCACUCUUUGGGGAUAGUAAUUCAACGUCUUACCGCGGUCACACCAGACCCUUCCCAUUCCCCCAACCAGGUUAUGCCAUCCACAAUGUCGACGGCUAUUUUUUGUGCCGCUAUCCUAACUGCGAACGUUGCGCUUGUUUGCCCGAGUUCGCCCCGAUCCAUUUUGACUGCUUCGAGAUCUUCCGGCAACAAUGCUCGGUUACUGAAUCAAAUGCUUUGAACCGUCUCCGGGUCCUUAUCCAUCUUUCGGCGACAAUGGUGGACAAGGACAUGCUAAGCACGAUAUGCGGCCGGACCGGAUUGCCCCGCCUACACACUUUGCCGCCGGAGUUGCUGGAGAAGAUUCGACAGUACUCUAAGUAUGCAUGGCUGUGGAGAUACAUCCUGGCAUUUCAGUUAGCUGAUUAUAUAUCGGCUUCGGAACCGGACUCGCUCCGUACGGUUCCGCUCCGAGAGAUUGUCUUCUGGGAGCGUGGUGGGGAGUUUAAACGCGUUAUGGGACCCCACCAACAACUGCCGACACUGAGGUUAACCAUCGACACUGCUGGCAUCAGCAAAAUCGAACGUAUCUCCGACACGGAUGUUUACGCAGGUGAAUGUACUGGUCGCUUCGCCUUCAUCGUCCAACGUGAAGCGUCUAUCCCCGAUGUGACAGCACAGCUGAAGGAUGGCCGGCUACGCCUUAAGUUACCCGUUUCGAUACAGACGCUCUACACUUGGAACACCAAUGUAAUACCGAGCCGGGCUCUUUCAAACGUGUACCCCAACGACUGGAGUUCGUGCCAGAAUAUCUAUACGGUUGAGAUGGACAGGGUGAAAGGCAUUGCCUUUUUCUAUUCGCACCAGAAUCCUGCGGCCAUGGACACUUUCAUACGUUUUUCCAAUCGACUUGGGCGGAGCCUUGUCUGGAUUUAUUUGCCCAUCUCGCAGCGCGACCGCGUCCUUGCUCUCGGUAUCCGAGAAGAAUUACAAUCUCGACGCCCGAGCGCCCUCUUCAGGACGAAGCUCAUGGGCGAUACCACCAUUGGCCCACAGCUCGAUGGCAAGGCCGGCGACCGAUAUUUGGCCGCAUCUGUCCCCUUGGCAAUGAUGUAUGGUGAACCGAUCGAGGGACGCCUCAUCCGCUUCUUCGGUGGUCACUGUAGAGUGCCCCGGGAUGGGCCUCUCCCUAGCAGGCGGUUUCUCUUGAUAAACCCCGGCCCCUGCCCAAUCGAAGAUGAUCGCUGCUUCUUCUCAUGGGCCCCGUUAUCGGCCGUUACAUCAACGCUAGUCUUCUACGACCAGAACACCGGAUUUUGCCGAGGUAUUUUGUUCCACUAUCGGAACGGCGGUUCCCGAGCAGUCGGUCAGUGCCGCCUACACGUAGAUCCAGCAAAGAGUGUUGUUCAACCAGGCCAGCUUUGUUUUCGAACCACUUCGUGUCUUUCACGCCGGGACCGACCGAUUUAUAACGUGGAAGUGAAGUUUAAGCAAGCCGCUCAAACCAAGCCCACAGGGAAGGAUAGUGACAGAUGGGAGUCUCGUCCGAUGAAGGGCCUGGUCAACUUCUGGUUUACAACGGAAGCCUCGUUUCUAGCUAUCAGGGAAUCGAAUUAA